AUGGGAGAAUCCGACACGAAGAACGCUAAUGAAACCGGCUACCACGGCCUCAAGGACGAUUCCAAGCAUGCCGAUUGGACUGCUCUGAAAGCAGAUUACCAUGAUGAGGGAGAACGAGGGGAAGUACUAUUUUUACUUCGUACGUUGGUGUUGGACUUGAUAUCAAUCUACUCUUGUUCUGAUAAUUUAUUUGUCAGUAGAACUAGUUAGAAGAAGACUGAUUCAUGAUUUGGCAGUGGAAGUAGAAGAAGUAACAAGAUGUGAAUUUCAUCAAUUUUGACGUUCUUAUUGUUAUUUCUUCCUCUAUUUUCUUUCUAAAAUUGUUCAAGGUCCUCCUUAUCGAUGGCCAUCCAGUGAUGGAACAAUGGGAGCAACCCUACAUGGAGGCCCUUGCGCAAGUUGCAACCAGCAAAGGUGGAAGAGUUCUCGAAGUCGGAUUUGGAUUGGGGUAAUUUGAUCAUAUGCAUAGGCAGCUCCUAUCUGAAGAAAGCCUUCCUACAACAUGUUGUUGAUCUUCACGUUAGAGGGACGAUGAGUACUCGAGGUGGUUCUUGUGGUAGAUCUUGUCACGCAUUUAUCUCAUAAUAUCUUUAUCUGCUUCCUACAAGAACCACAACCAGAACCACCCCACCCCCCUCCAGCCUCUCCGCUUCGCAGAUCCAGCGAAAUAAGAUUGAUGAGCACAUCAUAAUCGAAGCCAAUGCAGGAGUGGUCGAAAGAGGCAAAAAGUGGGCCGAAUCACAGCCUAACAAGGUCACUUUUAUGCACGGACUUUGGCAGGACGUCGUCGCAAGUCUACCAGACAACUCAAUCGAUGGAGUCUUGUAUUUUUUAGAGUCUAGUAGAAGUUCUUGUAGGCGUAUAAUUCGUUUGCUCUGGGUGGUCGUGAAACAGAGAGUGAUUCCGAAUCAGUAAACAAACUACAAUCAUCAAAAUAAUUAACCUGCUUACAAAUCUUCUCCCUCUGAAAAUCAUACUCACUCCCUUCACACAGGCAUCAACUCUCCACACACCUUGCAUCAUGGAGGAGGAGGAGCUACAGACGACCCCACCAAAAACUACAGGUACGACCCAUACCCGUUGAACUCGGCUGAACAGCACACACAUCAGUUCGACUUUAUCGAGAAGGUUCGCCCGAAAUUGAAGUCAGGUGGUGUUUUGACCUACUGCAAUUUGACCAGCAUCGGUGUAUUGAAGGGCCGACACGAAAAGUGGGAAGACCUGUGGACGGAGACUCAGGUACUACUUGUUGUACCAGAGUUGUACAGAUCUUGCUUCUCACAUUGUAGUAUCUGACUCCUGCAGAUUGUAGUAGAUUUAAAUCCUUACGGCCAUUUAUUUUAAUGAAACACUGUUGAUGGCACUAUGUAUGUCGUUGUCGUGCUCGUCCAAGAAAGGAACGAAGUACUUUCCAUACAUAGGUAUAAUCUCUUUCCAUAGGUAUAAUCUCUUCUCUAAUUUCAUCCCAUUCUUGCUAUUAGGUUCCGUACAUCAAGAAGUGCGGAUACGAGAACUACUCGUUUACGACAUUCGAUAUCACCGCACCCGCAAGUUGCGAGUACUACGCAGGCCAUACUGCGGCACUUGUCCCGAGGUUAGACAUUCCUUAAGUGUCUGGUGCAGCUACAGGUCCCGUACCCGUAUACAAGAUAUACAAGAUAAAGAUGUUCUUGGUGUAAAAAUUCUUUUUGUGACUCCUGUGAUUUGAUACUUGCAAAGAAAAAGAGGCGGCGGGAAUGGAAUUCUGCAGCUCAACUGGUAUGAUAAAGAUGGAAAUAGUUGGAAUUACAUUCAAAAUCAGAACUUUUCAGUAUCAAUUUUAGAGUCAAAUUUUGCUAUAUCAACGGACCAGGAGGUCUGCGUUUUCAAAAUUACAGAUGAAUUUUUUCUGAACAAAAACAAUUACAACUAGCAAGUAAACAACCGGCUAAAAACACCGGCUUCGCAUUUUUAUUGCUAUGAUCGCUUCGACAACUAGGUAGCAAGUAACCAAGCACCGCGGCUUCGUAUAUUUUCCCUACUGUUUUUAGUAAAGCCCAUGUUGCACAGGAGAUGUGCAGUUGAUGUAGAAGUUCUUAACGAUGUUAUAGAUACAUCUUUGAAUAAUCCUCUGCGACGACGUGGAGCACAAAAGUUAUAGAGAAAGAAUGGCAGAUGAUGAGUAAAUGUCUUGAAUAUAAAGUUUUCUUAAAUGUCUUAGAAUUUCACAGGGUAACGCUCCUUCGUACAAAAUAUGGAAGGCCGCGGAUUCCAGUAGAGUUGUUGGUGGUCUAUAAUAGGCAACAUCUUUUUGCAUUCCGUGUUCACAUUUGUUGUGUGCUUGCGAAACAAUGGUGCGAUUUUGAUGUAGUUUGAGAAGGUGUGGUUCCGGAUCGCAUGAGUAUGUUGAGGAGGUGCAGAGAUACUG